AUGAAGCUGUACAGCACGAUAUUUGCCACCUUCAACGUUAUUGCGUGUUGCUUUGCGGCGGACCAAGACAUCCUCACCAUCUUAAAGCAGCAGAAUGACAUUUCAACAUUUAUUACGCUGCUUGAGCAGUUCGACGACCUUGUUGACCUCCUGAACCAAGGAACUUUCAGUGGUAUGUUGAUCUAUCUUCCACCUGACGGCCGGGCUGAUCUCAAUCUAGUCCUCAUCCCUAAUGACAAAGCUCUUGCUGCCUUUGGAAAUGAGAACCCGGACUUGAGCAACGACACAGACGCAGUGCGAGCGCUGCUGGAAUACCACAUCGCGAAUGGAACACACCCGUCGGCCACGUUCGGCUUACAGCCACUGUUCGUACCAACACUAUUGACGAACCCCGACUAUACCAAUGUCACGGGCGGCCAAGUAGUGGAGAUCACGUCGUUGGAUAACCGCUCGGCGGUGGUGAGCGGAGUGAAGGCCGUAUCGCACGUGAUCGAAGCUGACAUCUUCUACCUUGGAGGUCUAAUCCACAUUGUAGACUCUGUUCUGACUAUUCCAAUCUCCUUCCCUGCGACCAUCACCAAAGCCGGAUUGACAGACCUGGUCGCGCUACUCAACAAGGGUGGAUUUCUAACACCAAGCUCUCCGGCCGCGACGAUAGUGAAUUCGCUGGCAGAUCUGACAAUCUUCGGUCCGAAUUCAGCUCAGUUCUCGGCCAGUUUUACAGGAUGGGACGGACUCUCGAGCACGGAUCUCCUGUCCAUCUUGCGAUACAGCAUAUCUCAAGGCCCAGUCCUUUACUCCUCGGGCUUCCAAAACAACACAAAGAUUCCAACCUUGGAUGGCCUAUCCGCCACGAUGAUCGAGCAAAAUGGACAGUUCUACGUCGAUGCAUCACUUAUUACGACGAAAGACUACCUGACUUCGAAUGGGGUGUUACAGAUACUUGAUAGCCCUCUGAGUCCCAAUACAACAGGCCAACCACCUCUAUCAACUCCCAUAUCGAAUCACGGUGGUGGCGCUCGAGGUCUGAGCACAGCUGCAGCUGCGGGUAUUGGUAUUGCCGUCGGCGCAAUCCUUCUUGGCGGCACACUUGUCGCUGCACUAUACAUCCGGAUCAAACGCCGUCGCAGACUUGCCGAUCUCACGGGAGGACAGACCGGCGACCCUCCUCCGAGGUACGAACUGGACACGAAAGGCUUCGAUGAAGGUGCCGUGGAUGCCGCAGAGGUUCCCAGGAGCCGGGUGAUUGAAAUUCAUCAUCCACCCCAACCGCCAUCUCCGCUGGAGCUUGAUGGACAAGAAAGAAGCCGGGUCGGUGUCGCGGCUCAGGGCACGGCUCCUCGGCACCUGGGCUUUCAGGCUCGAUCCUGA